AAAAUGGGCAGCACUGAAAAGUAUACCGAGAGUUAUAGAAGGGUGGAAUGUGAAGAGGAAGACCUUGGUCUGCGAACAGUAGGGGACUGCAUGAAGUAUUUUGCUGAGGUACAAGGUAACAAGCAUGCGGUCAUCUUUGGCGCCACAGUAGAAGCGGACAGGGAAACGGUCACGUGGUUGGAGCUGUAUGAAAACUCGUGCGCCUUUGCGAAGGCGCUGAUCAAUCUUGGCAUAAAACGCGAUGAAAUUGUUGGCAUAAACAUUCGUCCAUGUCCGGAAUGGUUGUACAUAACCUUUGGUUGCAUGUUGGCUGGAAUAAAAGCGGUUGGACUAGCAUUCACGUACACAGACGGAAGUGACCUCAUCGCCAUGAUGAACAAAAUGAAGACAUGUAGCAUGCUAGUCCUUGACCCAGGAGCGAGCGGGGAAAAUUGGAAAAUUGUCCGGAGACUGCUAGACGCGUACUCCAAAACCGGAAGAGCUACAUCCAGCAAAAUGUCGUCAGUGCGGUUCCUCCUGGGACACAGGUUUCCUACCUAUGAAAGUAAAGUACGAUCGUUACAAGAGGUUAUGGCAAACGCCCCAACCGACAUUGAAAUCCCUAAGUACGUAAGUCCCGACGAUAUUUCUUUCUUGUUCCAAACGUCGGGUAGCACAGGUUACCAAAGCUUGUUGCCCACACUCACGCUUCAAUGCUCGGCAUCGGACGCACGAAGGGAAGUAACUGGCUGA